UACGAGCCUUCUCUAUACAAUCACUUGGAGCAUCAGAACAACCCCAAUAUACGUACUCAGGGUAUUAAGAACAUGUUCGAUUCCUUUGAAAGCUUCGAAAAAGCUCUCAAAGAAACCUUUGAUAAUUCCAACGAAGAACGCACUACAGCUCAGCAACUUAUGGAUCUUAGGCAGAUCAAGUUAGCUUCUGCUUAUAUAGUUAGAUUCAAACAGCUCUUAGCAAGACUUUUAUGA